AUGGCAAGAAGGUCUUGCAAGUUCCUCCUCGCUCUCUUUAUCGCAGCAAUGGCGGCGUCUCCUCUGGCUCUCGCGUACGACCCGAGCCCCCUCCAGGACUUCUGCGUCGCCGACACCGCCUCCUCCGUGUUCGUGAACGGGCUGGUGUGCAAGGACCCAGCGCAGGUAUCCGCGUCCGACUUCGCCUUCUCGGGCCUGCAGAACGCGGGGGACACCACCAACGCGUUCGGCUCCAAGGGGCAGAUGUACGUCGGCUUCCUCGCCACCGACGGCACGCUCUUCGCCAAGGUGCUGUCCAGGGGCGACGUCUUCGUCUUCCCCAAGGGCCUCGUCCACUUCGAGUUCAACUGCGGCGCCAGCCCCGCCGUCGGUAUCGCCGGGCUCAGCAGCCAGAACCCUGGGCUCAUCCGCGUCGCGGACUCGCUGUUCGGUGCCACCCCCGCUGUCUCCGACGAGGUGCUCGCCAAGGCGUUCAGGAUCGACGCCGCCACCGUGCAGAGGAUCAAGGCGCAGUUCGCCACCAAGAAGUAA